AAAGACCAUCUAAGAGGCAGGGACAGACCUAAACCCCAGCUAAGGUGAGAAAAGAUGGGAUCCCUGAGGAGAAAUCUUCUGAUACUAUGUGUGGCAGUGACCAUUGCAACACUUUCUGCACAUCCAAGGAAGAGACUGAAUGACCAACAGACUAUAUCUCUGUUACUGGAUAAGUACAACAAAUUGUCCGAUGACAAUUUCCUCUACAGGGUUCUUGAAGUCAGACCUCGCUCUGACCAGACUGAAAGACGGAUCCUGCAUUUCACCAUUCAGGAAACCAGGUGCCUUAAGUCAGAGAAUCAGAAUCCUGACCAGUGUGAAUUCAGAGAGAAUGGGCUGGUGAGAGACUGCGCAGGACAGAUUUCCUCUGCCCGAAAUCAACGAGUGUUUCUACUCUCUUGUAACACUGUGGCUGGACAGCAGGAUCAAGGAUCUCCCACAGCAGAGUCAGAUGGUGAUGCAUCAACAAUCCUUGAAGAUCCUGGCAAAAUCCGAGAAAGACGUGAUAUAGGAGAGGAACCAGUAGGUCUCUUAGCAGCCAGGGGUAUACGUAGACCCUACUUACCCAGACCUCGCCCAAGGCCAAACAUUCCCAGACCUCGCCCAAGGCCAAUCAUUCCCUUCCGUCCCUUUCGGCCUGGGCGCUCUGUCUAAGCUGGACCAGGACCCUUCUUCCCUGCUACUCAGCUUAGCCCCAAUUCCCCUGAACCCCAGUCUCACCAUGAUGAACCUUGUUCCUAGUCUAACCCUGAUGAACCUGAACCCCAGUCUCACCCUGAUGAAACUGAACUCCAGUCUUACCCUGAUGAAUCUUGACCCCAAUCUAACCUUGAUGAACUUGGACCCUAGCCUGAUGCUGAUUACCCUUGACCCUAGCUUAGAACUGAUUUUCCUGAGCCUGGCUUUAACCUUGCCUCAUCUCUGGCUAAGCUCCCCUUUUAGAUUCCAUGCUUGACCUAGGCCUACUAAACCUGCUUCUUCAGUAAGUUCCAAGGUUUGACCCACAGAUCCAGAAGAAGCAGAAAAUGUAUAGAGACCAAAUGCAAUAAGAAAUCCAAAAACCAAAAAAAUGGGACCAGAUAGUGGAGUGUCAAAGGGCAGGGACUGGCAGGCCUUUCAUGGAGCAUUCCAAGCAAACAGCAAUUGAAUAAAGGCUUUGUGAUAUCAGUGA